ACCUCAUCAGGAGGCGGGGUUUAGCGUCCGGAUUUUCUCUUACCGCUGUUGCCUGAAACAUGGAGACUCCUGGCCCUGUCACUCCGGAGGCACCUUUUGAACCUUCGCAGCCCCCAGUCAUUGAGGGCUUUAGCCCCAGUGUAUACAGCCCUUCGGAAAGCUUCAAGGAAAAGUUUCUUCGUAAGACCCGCGAGAACCCAAUGGUACCCAUAGGCUGCCUGGGCACAGCGGCCGCCCUCACCUACGGCCUCUACUGCUUCCACCGGGGACAGAGCCAGCGCUCCCAGCUCAUGAUGCGCACUCGGAUCGCCGCCCAGGGCUUCACGGUCGUAGCCAUCUUGGUGGGUCUGGCUGCAUCCACUCUGAAAUCUCGACCUUGAGCCGGUGGCCUGGCCUUGAAAACUCCACGGAGAUCGUUCCCAGACCCAGGAGCAACCACCGGACCCGCCACUGGAAUUAUUCCCUCAUCUCCCCUGACGAGCCCAUGUAUCAGUGGGGGCAGAAGUAGCCAAUUGUGUAACCGACAGAUUUUUUUCAGGAAUCUGAGGUUCGGUUCAGUUUGUGUUGCAUACUUCUAUUUGUGCAGCACCUUCUCCACUCCCUACUAAUAAACUCCGACCCACUUGUAGUUUGGUGAAUUCAUUUUCAGU